GUCACUCCAGACCGGUAGGUGGCAGUAAAACAUCAUAAUGUUGCCCUACAGCCUCAAUUCGGAGACGAAGAAGAAGAAGACGACGAAGACAUCAAUAUGUUCCCUUGCUGUACUUAAUAUAAUUCAGUUUUCAGAGUUGCAGUAACUUCUGCUGGUAUAAAGAUGCCCGCUGGUGUGUCUUGGCCGAGGUACAUGAAAAUGUUUGCAGCCAGUGUGUUGUCCAUGUUUGCCGGUGCCGAGGUCGUCCAUCAGUAUUACCGCCCUGAUUUGAGCAUUCCAGAGGUUCCUCCAAAGCCUGGAGAACUGCACACAGAACUUCUUGGAUUGAAGACUCAACAGACAGCCUCGGAGAACCACUGAUGUCAGUUUUCAGAUAUAAAUGUGUAUAUAUGUCUAAACCAAAUAUAAAGAUGUAAACAUGUUACAGUGUGGUGACCUUGAAAUACGUUGUGAAAUUCCAUAAUGGAAGAAUAAAAUUAUUUGUAUUUUUUUCAACUAAUUCUAAUAAAUAAAAGCCAUUUUGUUGGUUAUAAAAAUAUA